CAACCGCCAACAGAUCAAAGCUGAAACGAAAUUUCGUGUUCAAUAAUCUAAUUACGGUUCAGAAAGAAUGGAAUCUUCAAGCUUGAAGCAGCAAUUAGAGGAAUUGCAGAAACAGCUCGGGAAGAAACAGAGAUUCGAGGAGUCCGUUUCCGCCAUCGAUUCACUUCUCAAACUCCAUUACCCAUCCGCUUCUCCCGCUCUUCGCAAAUCGUUUUAUUCGGUUGUUUGUCGAGUCGCAACCAUUUUGAAAACGAGAUACACCGCUCCCGGCUUCUGGCUUGCCGGUUUACGUCUUUUCGAGCGAUUAGAAUCCCUUGUCUCUGAUCCUGCUGAAAAGGACCAUUUGAAGAAUUGCAUUUCUCAGGCUAAGGAACACUUGAAUGAAAUCGAGAACCCCGCCCCGUUAGCUGAGUCUUCCCAAAACAGAGGUUAUCUUUUUGAAGGGCAUCUUACUGUGGAUCCUGAACCACCACAGCCCCAAUGGUUGGUCCAAUCGAAUCUCAUGACUGCCUUUGCUUCCGCUGCAACCGCCGAUUCAUCCGAGGGAUCGGGCUCGAAUGUUGUCACGGUAGAAAACGCUGCCAAUGUGCUCGAGCAGCUUAUUAAUCACCUCGAUACGGUUAUACCAGAGAUAUUGGACAAUGAAGCCGGUGUCCGGAAAGUCCCGCCAGCUAGUAAAGAAGUUGUCGCGAAGCUGCCGGUAAUUACUCUCUCGGAAGAAAUUCUGGCAAAGCUCGGGUCCAAUGCGGAGUGUGCAAUCUGCAAGGAGAACCUUGUUAUAGGCGACAAGAUGCAAGAAUUGCCUUGCAAGCACACAUUCCAUCCUCCUUGCCUAAAGCCAUGGCUGGACGAGCACAAUUCUUGCCCGAUUUGCAGAUACGAGCUGCAGACGGAUGAUCAUGAGUAUGAGAGCCGGAAGGAGCGGGAGAAGGAGGCCGAAGAAGAGAGGAAAGGAGCUGCGAAUGCGGUUCGUGGCGGCGAAUACAUGUAUGUCUAGAUGAUUGAUGAUCUUAUUGGAAUUGUGAUAUAUUCAUUGAUAUUUCACAUUAAUC